AUGGGUUUGGAGGCCGGGUCACCUCCGCCGCCUUCGGCCUAUGUGGGCACGGUUGCAUAUGAGCCGAGCGAGGAAGCAGGAAUCCCGAUCCCCUACGAAGCCAAAUCCCUGACAAUGUGUUCGGCUGCUAAUGAUGUUGAUUUUGUGCGACAACUUGCUGAGAUCGAGCAGCGAAUUGCCCAUCGACGGGCAGCUUUGAGUGGCCAGCAGGCUGCCCAGAAGUGGGGUGGUUCGGAGCACAUUGACAGUCAGAAGACGAGCCUUUGGGAUCUUUUCGGUGAAGAUGCUAUGCCGCCCCCGGAGCCCGAUGCAAUACCCAACGAGCCAGACACCACGACUCUUGCAAGACAGGAUGGUGCUAGCGACCUGUCCCUCUUUGAGAAUGACUUGGCAGCAGGAGCUACGAAACAAUCGACAGUGGCUCCAAAUCCAGUUGCUACACCUGCCCGGGCUAAAAUUGCUUCGCAGGCCCCAGCAGUUGAGGCCCAAGCAGAGGCUUCGCAGGCUUUAACAAUGGAGGAUGUCGAGGACCCAGCAAUCACCCCAAAGCCGCUGCCCGAUGCACUGGAGGUUUCUUCUGUCAAAGACGGCGAAGCUGACAGUCCUGAGCUUCUAGCAUGCGAGGAUAAGAAGAUUUCAGUGGGAUUCCUAACGUAUGACGAGAUACCAGAAUAUCGGGAGAAGGCAAAGCAGUGCGAGGCCGAGGACGAAGACGACGAUGACGACGACGUGCCGAUCAAAAAAAAACCGGCCAUGGCCAAGGGCAAGCCUGGAAGGCCGAAGGGAUCCGGGAACAAGUCGACGAAGACCGACAAGGACACGGCGAAGAAGACGGGCAAGAAGAACCAGGAGAAGGAGAACGACGAAGCCAAGACGCUGCCGAAGAAGAAGGGCAAAAAGAAGGACCCCGAAUCGGAGGACGAGAACGACGAAGACAAGACGCCGCCGCCGCAGAAGAAGGGCAAGAAGAAGGACCCCGAGGACAAGGAGAACGACGAAGACAAGACGCCGCCGAAGAAGAAUGGCAACAAGAAGAAGGACCCCGAGCCGGAGGACGAGAACGACGAAGACAAGACGCCGCCGAAGAAGAAGGGCAAGAAGAAGGACCCCGAGGACAAGGAGAACGACGAAGACACGGCCCCGCCCAAAAAGAAGGACAAGAAGAAGGACCGCGACGACAAGGAGAACGACGAAGACACGGCCCCGCCCAAGAAGAAGGACAAGAAGAAGGACCGCCAGGACAAGGAGAACGACGAAGACACGGCCCCGCCCAAGAAGGACAAGAAGAAGGACCGCCAGGACAAGGAGAACGACGAAGACAAGACGCCGCCGAAGAAGAAUGGCAACAAGAAGAAGGACCACGAGGACAAGGAGAACGACGAAGACACGGCUGCCACGAAGAAGAGCAAGAAGAAGAAAGUUGACGACGAAGACACGACUCCGCCGAAGAAGAAGAGCAAGAAGCCAGACGCCGAGGAGAAGGAGAACGACGAAGACACGGCUGCCACGCAGAAGAAGGGCACGUUUGCUUCGAGAAAUCCGGGAAAGGGUGCAAGAACAGUGGCCAUUUGGACGGCUAUCCGGGAUGCAUUCGAUUGUGUUCUUCGGGACAAAUUUCGCUACACCACGAAGAUGGAGGGCCUUUUCUGGGCCGAUUGCCGGCCCGUGCUGCUCGAAGUGAAGGACGAUACUGAGCUGUUCCAGGCGGCUAAGAAGUUUGCUGCCAAGUGGUUGAAGAUGGACAAAGUUCAGGGUGCCCCGAUGGUACAAGCAACCUUUGCCAAAUCUACGCUACACCCUGCCAGGAUGCAGGCCCUUGGCAUCGCGGGCAAGCAGGAGAAGCCUCUUCGUGCGACCUCCUGGCAUUCCUCCCAAACGGGAUCCCAACAGGACCUGAUGCCAGAGUCCCAGUCAGAGCUGGAAGUGCCUGCUACGCAAAAGGAAGCUGACACGCAGCUGCCUGCUUCGCCUGUCCCUGCCUUGUCAGAAAGCCUUGGUAAAGGGACACCCCAGAGCGAGAGGUCCGAGCCCACGCCGGGGGAGGGGACGAACUCCAACCCCGCACCCAGCCAACCCACGCCUGAAAAGAAGAAUACGAGUUCCGAGCCCGGAGCCAGCCAACCCGAAGCCGUAGAGCAAGCCGCCCUAGGAUCCCAAAGCAAGUCAGAAGCACCCGCCGUGGAGACCAGCCAGCCCGAGAAGCCAGACACGUCAGAAGCACCCGCCGUGGCCAAGACCAGCCAGCCCGAGAAGCCAGACACGUCGAAAGCACCCCCCGUGGCCAAGACCAGCCAGCCCGAGAAGCCAGACACGUCGAAAGCACCCCCCGUGGCCAAGACGAGCCAGCCGGAGAAGCCAGGCACGAACACCCGGCCCACAAACAAGGACACCAAAGAUCCGAAAGCAACCAAGAACGAACCAGAGGAGGAUGAGUACGUGGCCCCGGUGGAAGAUCACCCACCCCCUCCUCCCAUCAGCAAGGCCACUUUGAUGAAGAGGCUGGCACGCAUAUGUGCACCCAAAGCGGAUGGGACCUACAAAGUCCCGCUCGAGAUCAUCCAGACCCACAAGAAUCUGGAAUCCCGGGAUGAUGUGUACCGUGCCUUCGAGAAAUGUGGUGGCGACCCCGCUUCGCCGUCACGCUUGCAAACGGUGAUUUUCACGAAGAAAGUCAACCAGCGAUACGAAGAGAUCAAUGAGAAAUCUGUGGAAACGGAAUUCGAAUUCCUCACAGAGGCGGAGAUGGAAGAGAAAGGAUGGAGCGAGAAAUCCGAGUACUGUGACGAGUGGAUGUACUGGGUUGCUGUGCGAGUGAGAGGAUCCAACAAGAAGACGAAGCGGCACACCGUGACCGAGCUCCUGGAGGGUGCCGACCAGGAGCCCAUGCAGGAUCCUGAUGAAGCAAUGGAGAACUUCCCUUUCGAGCUUGAGGGAGACGGAGAUAAGAAGCAAGGGGAAGGUGAUGACGAGGAGGAGAGUGACUCCAGUGAUGAUGGGGAAGAGGCUGCCCGGAUCCUCAAAAGGAUCGCCUAUCCGGAGAUUCCCAAGAAACCGCAAGAUGCCAGUAUGCUGGUGACCGGCUGCCUCCAGAAGAGGGCGAACAAACUCCAGCUUCUCCUGGCGAAGAUGGAGUCGGAUGCAAGCAUCUCCCUCACCACGACCCAACUCAAGUUUCGAGACAGCCUCAAGAUGGUCAUCGACGCAGUGGGUGAUUUGGAGGACAGAAUUACGACUAUCUAUAGUCGUGGGAUUGCUGCUGGCUUCACGAAGGAGGACCAGAAGAGGCUUCGCAUGCUCUUCCAGGAAGCGAAGACGAAGGCCGUGGAGGCAGAGAUGAUUUCUGAGCGCUCCGACGAGGAGCCGGUCGAUUUCGGCCGAGCUUCCCAGUAUGCCGAGAUGCUAGGCGAGGGAGUCACUGCGAAAGACACCAAACGGUGCAUCAGUCAGAUGCUGCAUCCGGAGCAGCCGGAGGAAAAAAGACGGCAGGCACCGAACGAGGAGAGAGAUUGUCACAGGUUCUUUAACCACUGGGGUUUAUCUUUGCCUGUGCCAAUAAUGGAAAAGGCUUUCGUGCUGGAGGACAGAGAGAAAGUUGAUACUGCUUAUAUACGAGUGCAAGACUGGAUGCAGUACCUCUUGAAACGGAAUCCUUCAUUGCUCGCUGGGGGCAACGAGUCUUUGGAAAGCCAGCUGGAGGCCUUCUGGAUGGCUUACAGACAGACUCACAGCACCCAUCCGGUGUUCGAUCGAGGGCUGGACCUCGGGACCACGAUUCCGCUGGCUUUUUAUUCAGACGAAGGCAAGGGCCCGAAGCGAGGCAACUUCGUAGUGGCCUCCAUCGAGUCGCCGAUCGGCUUGUGGGAUGUGCCCGAUGACUUUACUUGCACUUGCAAAGAGGAUGUGGAGAAGUCGCCGCAGCAAUUUGUUCCGGGCCAGCAGGCAGCCGGCCCGUACACGCCGAUGGAGCACGCCGCCCUGAAGCAAAGCCAUACAAAUAAAGGCCACUCCUACCUCACCAGACAUGUGCUUUUUGGCCUCCCUGACUGGGUCUACAAACACCAUCCAGAAGUUUUGGAACAGAUGACACAGCAGGUUGCUGACGAGCUCACGAUGCUUUUUUCUUCAGGCCCGGAGGUUGGUGGGAAAAUUUACACGGCUUGCUUGGUUGGGAUCAAAGGCGAUAUGAAGCAAAUCGCUGAAAAGAUUGCUUAUCUGAACCGAUACUAUGCCCGUUUGGGUCCUGUGAACCACAAUGGUGUCUGUGCACAUUGCAUGGCGGGCACGAGUGCAGCGAUUCCUUUUGAUGAGCUUGCUCACGAGCCAUCCUGGGCUUCGACACUUUACCAGCAGCGACCUUGGGACUCGACACCUGGUAUGUGCAAUGUCCCUCAUGACAACGAUGCACCGGAAAGAGUCCUGAAAUAUGACAUGUUUCAUCUUUUCAAAGUUGGGCUUGGGCGAGACAUUUGUGGCUCCCUGGUUUUAUUGGCUCGCCUGGGCUAUUACGAUGAUCCCAAUGGCAGCGAUGAGACAAACAUCAAGGCGAGGCUCAAUCGAGCCUUUGCACACUUCAAACUGUGGCGGCUGGCCUCGCAUAAAACCGCAGCUUUGCGAUACUUUUCGAAGUCGUUAUUCAAUCUGAAACGGUUGAGCGACUUCGCAUGGACGAACUCCAAGGGUUCGGAUACCAUGCUCUUGUUGGAAUAUCUCAGCUUCUUUGUGGCGAUCCUGCUGAGAAGAUCCAACUUGCCAGCUGCACAUGCUGUUUUGUUUCGUGUGCUGAAGAAGACGAUCCAGGAGUCCCAGAAGGCCUUCAAUUUGAUGUACAAACAUGGUCUGUGGCUCCCCAGGGCAUGUGCCCAAAAUCUCUAUUUGAGGUUGAUGUCCAUGCUGUCGGGCUACAAGCAUCUGGGUGCAAAGGCUUUGGCGAUGGAUAUGCCGUUCUACUCCUUGAAGCCCAAAUUCCACGGCAUCCAUCAUGUGGCACAUGAGAUCCGAGUGGCACUGCUGGCCAAUGCAAAGCUCAUCCCGAACCCCAUCAUGUGGGGGUGUGAGCAAGGAGAGGACCUUAUCGGUCGAGUCUGUGCUCUGUCGGUCCGAGUUUCUGUGAGAACCAUAAGCAAGAGGGUGCUGCAACGACACUUCCUCAAAAAAGCGGCUCUCAUCAGGAGGCACCGAGCUGACCGAGCACAACGAAAGCUGCGGCUCUAA